GCCAUAGGCAGGCACCCCGUCACCGAUGAUCAAGUCAUUCCGCAAACGACGCAAGCGGAAGAAGGCUGAUGCAGCACGUGCGCUGUCUGUGUUCGGCCGACCUCUGCAUGAGCUCUACCUCGCAGAGAGUCAGCCGGCUACCACCACGUCUGGCAAGAGGAGCAAGAGCAAGUCAGUGGGAGACAGAGCUGAUACUGGUGACAAUGGACUUGGGCAUGGGCAUGGGCAUGGGCAUGGGCAUGGUCCUGGUGGCAGUGGUCGGGGCAUGACAAGCGAGUCGAUCACAAAGUGGGAGGAGGAGGAGCACCCGAUGUGGCUGCCUCGGGUACCACGCAAGCUCAUUGCGCUACUUCAGAGUCGGGAUGGGGCGCUGGAGACAAAGGGUCUGUUCAGACUCUCAGCUUCGGCUUCGGCCAUCAAGGCCACAAAGACAGAGCUGGAUACCUCGAAUGGAACCGCGGACAUUGCCAACAUUGAUGAGCAUACCGCUGCUGCCCUCCUCAAGAUGUUCUUCAGAGAGCUACCGGAUCCGCUCAUCCCUGCUCGUCUCUAUGAUGAUGUGGUGGCGAGUGUCCGUGCGGAUGAGCCCAUUGCUGCACUCGGUUCUGUACUCGAGCGACUGUCGCCGAGACGGAUGGUCAUCCUCCGCGCCCUCAUCGCCUUUCUUCGCCAGGUCGCCAGCCACGAAGCCGCAAACUCAAUGGGCGCCGCAAACCUGGCCCUUGUCUUUGCGCCAAACCUGCUGCGCGGACUGGGCGAUGCCGAUGAUCCGCUGGCCUCGGUGGCUACCAUGGGCCAGGCCAACAAGGCCGUUGAACUGUUCAUCGUUCACUUUGAUGACCUCUUCCCUGUUCCCGACUCGGCGCAUGAGCUUAGUGUCGCGGCCAAGCGCACUCGCACCCGCACACGAGUCCGGGUCCGCAAGCGCUCCAAGCGCGGCCUUUCACCCGCGGCCAAGACUGCUGCUCAUGUCAGCAUUCCGGACAAGCCGCUUCCUGCACCACCCAAGCCGGCGCCACCCACCUUCCCGUUGCCCGAGCCCGCCCCACCCGAGCCGACGUCGCCCGCGGCCGCCCCACCCGAGCCGGCAUCGCCCGAGCCGGCAUCGCCCGAGCCGGCGUCGCCCGAGCGACCGGUGCUCCCGCCGCGGCCAGUCGCAGCCGCUCCGCAGCCCAAGGCCCCACUCCCACAACGCCCGGCACCCAAGCCAGACCCGAGACCCGCGCCAGCGCCGGAGCUCGCGCCAGCGCCAGUGCCAGCGCCAGUGCCAGCGCCAGUGCAGACGCCCGUGUCAGAGACGCCACCGAUCACAACUGCAACCACGCCGCAGUCCGAGCCACUGCCUAAGCGGGCGGCGCCACUGCCCAAGCGGGCGGCGCCGCUGCCACCGCUGCCAGCACGGCCCAAGGCUGCUCCGGCGCCAGCAUCGGAUCCUGCGCUGGUCAACCACGACCACGACGAUGGAAGUGAUAGCUCGUCGUCUGGUGUGUUUUCCGUCUCGACAACGGGCUCGAUCACCCUCUCGCCUUCGCCAGAGAAGAGCGUGCUGCCGCUGCCUCCGGGUCGCCCUGCGGUGAUGUCGGGCGGCAAUGACAGCGAGUACGAGUACUACUCAUACUGGUCGUACUCGGACGUCGACGACGAUGCGGCGGCGGCGUCGUCGACACCGGCGCGGAUUGCGACCACGGCCGGGGUAGCGGUAGUCGGCAGCCCGUCGUUUGACUUUUACUCGUACUCGUACUACUCGGACGAGGAUGAGAAUGCUGACAUGGCGGCGGACGGUGGUUCCGGUGUGUAG